AUGUGGGCCUUGGAGAUCCUGAUAUCCACUCCCAUCCUCCCCGCCACCGUCUCGCUCCUCGAAAUGCCGGACCGCAUCCUCGUCUUCUCCCUUUUCUUCCUCGCUGCUUCACUCCCCGCGGCCAGCGGGCAGGGCCAGUGUCCCGAUCGGUGGGACGUCUUCCCGUGCGCUUGCGUAGUGGGGGAUUUCCGCUCGAGCGUCGACUGUUCGAACGUCGGCUCUGUCGACCGGCUUUACUCGUGGUUCCCGCGUCCGCGUCGCGUGGAGACGCGAGGAGAGUAUGAAGUUCAGGAUGCCAGAUGCAUCCUGAAUCCUGUCUGCGGGCGCCGCGAGCAGCCGAUCUCUCCCAUUGCCUACCAUCGAUCCGACACCUGCGAGGGCUGGAAGGGAAGUGAUUAUUUUAGUGGAGGACGGACGUCCCGACCCAGGCGGAAAGCUGCACAUGCGCAACGGGUCGUGUUGACAUUCCUUCUUCUCGACAACGACAUGGUCCAGGAACUCCCCGAAGGAGUGUUUGGCGACGUGACCUUCAGGAUAGUUACCAUAUCCAAUACGGCACUGAGGCACGUCCAUCCAAUGGCCAUUCUUCCUCUGAAGGAUCGAAUAAGUAUGCUGGAAAUCACGAACUGCGACCUGCAGGACUUCCCCUGGGAAAUCAUACCCCAACUCAAUGAAUGGUUCAACAGCCUCUACCUCAGCAACAAUGCCUUGAGAUAUGUUCCUCCUCUCCAAACUCGGAAUCUCGUUUGGCUCCAUCUUGAUGGGAAUCAAAUCGCCAAAUUAGAUUCCGGCUGGGAAAUAGCGACCCUAAUGAAUCUAAAAAUGGAAGGUAAUCCCCUCUCGGAGAUGCCGGCUGGAUUUUUCCAUAAUAUGCCCAACUUCGAGGAAUUUCUCUGUAAAGGCUGCAACCUCGGGCCGACUUUGUUUUCCGGGAUCUUCGAAAUGCGGGCGCCCCGCCUCAAAAUUAUAUCCCUCGAUGAGAACUCUAUCUCGAGAGUUGAACCAGGCGCGAUUUCAGGUCUCCCAGCCGUAAGCGUCUUGUAUUUCAUGAAAAAUAACAUCAGCCGAUUGGAUGAAGAGGCCUUCUACCCUAUGCUGCGGAUCAACGGGAAGCUCUUCGUAGAUGUCCCCAUGUGGACAAGUCCCCUGGAGGGACUUAGUCCUCACCAUUCCAUACAGGUAACUGCCAUUCCACAUGUGGACCACCAAGAGUAUCUGUAUAGUCCCUCCGGUGGACUGGCCGGAGAUUUUUCGUAA